UAAACCUGAUCAUAUGCCGUGCGGGCCUUGACUUGCCCCUUCCCAUUUCCAACAUAUCAAGAAAUCAAUUACAAGAUUCAGCAACUCCAUCCAUGGCUGCUUCUUCAUCGUCUUCUUCUUCUUCACUGCUAAAAAUAGGCAUAAUAGGGUUUGGGCCCUUCGCCCAAUUCCUGGUGAAAACCAUGAUCAAACAAGGGCACGAAAUUAGGGCAACCUCACGAUCUGAUUACAGUGAUAUCUGCACGCAAUUGGGGAUCUCAUUUUAUAGAGACAUGACUGGUUUUCUUGAAUCCAAGAACGAUGUAAUAGUGGUGUGCACAUCGAUCCUGUCCUUCUCACAAGUGAUGAAUUCACUGCCAUUGAAUUGCUUGGAACUUCCAACACUGUUCGUUGAUGUGCUCUCUGUGAAAGAGCAUCCCAGAGAUGUGAUGCUCAAAGUGGUGCCUGGUGAGUCAGAUGUGGUGUGCACACACCCAAUGUUUGGGCCAGAGAGUGGGAAAGAUGGGUGGAAAGAUCUGAGUUUGAUGUAUGAAAAAGUUAGGGUCACAGAUGAAGCUACUUGCUCUUCUUUCCUGCACAUUUUUGCAUCUGAGGGUUGCAAAAUGUUGGAGAUGACUUGCAGAGAGCAUGAUUAUUUAGCUGCUAGGACUCAGUUCGUCACCCAUGCCAUUGGCAGGAUCUUAGCAGAAAUGGGAAUAGAACCGACACCCCUAGAUACAAAGGGAUUUCAGAAACUUGUACAAGUGAAAGAGAGCACAUCUAGGGAUAGCUUUGAUCUAUUCAGUGGCUUGUUCAUCCACAACAGGUUCGCCCAAGAACAGCUGAGAAUCGUGGAGCAUGCAUUUGGCACAGUAAAGCAACAGCUGGUUAAGAAGAUGAACGAGGAGACAGAAGACAAUCCAAAUCAAUGUACAAGUGACAAAUAGUCUGCGAUAAAUUUCUUAGAUUGUAUUGCAUGAAUAAUUAAAAUAUGGACCAAGAAUUUAUGUAGACAGAUUAAUAAGUGAAAAGGCGAAGAAACUUUCCGGGUA